GUUCCCAAAUCCGAGGCAGGAGCCCGAGCGCCUUACGCGGGAAGAGCAGCGGCGAAGCUUCGGUCGCCGUCGCAGAAUGGCUCGCACAGUUUCUGCUCUUGGUGUCCUCCUUCUGUUCAGUCUUCUCCUGCCCUCAGCAGAGGGCAGCAAGAGGAACCGUGGAUCACAAGGAACCAUCCCUUCUCCUGACAAAGCCCAGCCCAAUGAUUCUGAACAGACCCAGCAGCCGCCCCCACAACCAGGCUCCAGACCCCGGGGAAAGGAGAAGGCCAAAUCUACUGAAGAGGUGCUGGAAUCAAGCCAAGAGGCAUUGCAUGUCACGGAACGAAAGUAUCUGAAAAGGGAUUGGUGCAAAACACAGCCGCUUAAGCAAACGAUCCAAGAGGAAGGCUGCAGAAGCCAAACCAUCAUUAAUAGAUUCUGUUAUGGUCAGUGCAAUUCAUUCUAUAUCCCAAGGCAUAUCCAUAGGGAAGAAGGCUCCUUCCAAUCGUGUUCAUUCUGCAAACCAAAGAAAUUCACCACCAUGGUGGUUACACUGUCCUGCCCAGAAAUGCAACCUCCAAUCAAGAAAAAAAGGAUCACCCGAGUUAAAGAAUGCCGCUGUAUAUCCAUAGACUUGGACUAGAAGGGAUCAUGGAGGAUAGUCUGCUCACCAGUGCAUUUCUUCCUUUAAACCAGGCAUCUUAACCUCUUUAGGUAUGUCCAAAUGGGACAUGAAUCAAAGAGAAUUGCAACAAACAGUAUGUGUUACUCCUCUGUAGGUGUGAACUUCAGCUUUGAAAGUAAAUCAUUUGGAGUAUAUCCUAGGCUUAGUAAUACACUAAUUGCUCCCGUCCUGGGAUUCUGCACUUGAAUCUGUGCCAUUGAAUGAUCAUCAGUAGCAGUAUCUGUUGUAGAUUUGGAGGCAUUUUUCACAUUUAGUUACGUUUUGAGGAAAAUGUGAAAAGGAAUUAAGUCAAUUGCAGCAAGUGCCAUUGUGAUGGAGAAGGAAGCUUGCAUGUUAUCACCUUCAUUUGGGCAUUAAAUAGCCACUUUAAAGCUAUUUAACAGAGCUAAGAAGGAAAGACAAACAGGGAAGGCAGAAAAAUGAACGAGAGAAAGAAAAGUGAUGUAUACACCGCCCCCUUGAAUAUUUUGAAUGUUAUUUCUGAUUGCAUUUCUCAAGCCAACAGUAUCUUUCAAUACUGUAUAUAACCUCUAUAGACCCAUCUGCUGAUAAUAUGGCCCUUGAAUUUUUUGCUUGGAUAUCAAUCCAUUUUUCAAGGUACCAUCUCCCAUUGAAGGUGACUGCUGCUUGCAUGCCACAAUUGUUGGGGUUGUCUAAGCUUCCUCUACUAUAGAAGUAUAGAAAGGAGGGAUGAAGUUUUUUUCUCCUUUCUCCUUGCUUUCUUAAUUGAUCUGAUUGUAUGGAGGAGAAAGUCAUCAGACAACCCCAUUGCGCAAGCUGAAGGAGCACUAGCUGGGCCUGAAAUAUUUUUGCUACACACUAAAAUACAAUGUAAAAUGUCCCACCUAUGGAUAAACUGACACUUGAAAUUUUGAUUUGUUUUAAUUUUCACAAUUGAUUUACCCAUGGGUGGCCCUUUUUUAAAAUGACAUUUUACAUAAAUAUUUGAGGGCCUGCUUAUUUGCAGAUGGGCUUAUAUAGGGAUAUAUACACUAGUACUUUAAAAAUUUGGAGGGGAAAACUUACCAGAGUACCUCUGGGUACUAUCCAUGGAUAAACCCAAAUUUUGGGGGUGAAUUGGCACCUGAAAUUUUCAGUUUGUCUGCAAGCAUAUAUGAAAAUAUUAAAUCUUAAUUGCACAGUUAUUCUUUAAAGUCAACUUGUCUAAUAUGUAUGUUGACAAUUAUUAUAUAUGCAUCCCUUCCAUAGCCACACACUGUCCAACAUUGUAAGUUCAUACAGAAAGUGAAGCAUUGCAAUAACCAUUUUUAAGUCCAAAUAUCAUAGAUUUAAAAUUUUCAGGGAAAAUCCUAAAUAAUUUUGCUGAUGUUUCCCAAUUUUCUUCAACCUGUCACGAGUGGAAUUUGGAAGAAGUUAAGAUAAUGAAUAGUUUUUAAUGUGAAUCUGGCUAAAUAAAUGCUGCUUCCAUGCUGUGAUCAUGACAGAUGCAUUAUCUUACUAGAGAAUUCUAGUUCUAUUUUCAGACAGUCAGAUUCCUGCCAUUACACAUCACUCUUAGUCACUUAAGACAAAGGAGAGGACAGAAUAUACCAGCUAUAUAUAUAUAUUUGCACUUUUUCUGAAAGUUGUGAAGGUUAGGGUUAGCUAGACCAAUGUUUUUCAAUACUUAGCAACCUUAAGAUUCAACUUUAACUCUCAGAAUUCCCCCAGCCAGCAUGACCCUUAAAUUGUGGUUGAAUAUAUACAGAAUGUGACUCAGUGAGACUGUCUGUGACAUUCAGGUAGCCAGCUUUCUUAACAUGCAUAGCUGGCAUCUUGGAAAUCAUAAUAUCCAUGAAGUUCCACUAGGGAAGAGAAUCUGCCCUACCUCUUCCUUGGAGUGUAUCGCCAAAGCUGACUAGUGAUCUCCUAAAGUGGUGUUAAUGCUAUAUCUUUUAAUUACUAUAGUGCUGGUAGUCUAAUAGAUACAGCAAAGUUACAGAUUACUGAUGAUGCCAGCUUCUGUGAAAUACUGUUGCUUUUUUACAGACAAGAAGAUAGCACACUUAAGCAGUGUUGCUGUGUGUAUGUGUAUGUGUAUCUCCAGUCUGGUAUCUGAUGUAGCCUUCUGGGCUGAAAUAUUUGUUGACGAACAAGUGGUAUUAGAAGAACAGCAGGAAAAAAACCUUCCCAAUUAAUUGGGAAUUUAUGUGGGAACCAAAUGGAUUGUAGUUUCAACCUGAUCUUUAUGCCUAGUUGCAUUUUUUUAUAUGGAAAAGAGAAGCAAGAAUGUGCUCCAAGACUGGAAGAAAUUCUGAGUUUCGUUAAAACAGUGAUAAUUAUGUGGUUGUACAGAAGGCACCAGGUGACAUUUCUGCCUCAUUAAACUGUUAAUCGUUGGUCUAUAAUCAACCAUCUUUCAAGCAUUAUCUGGUCUUUAUGGUACAGUCUCUUUUUUGCUUCUCCCCAACAUUACAGCGAAUGAUACUUUAUUAUAAUGUUAUAGCAUAACCACAUAUAUAUCUAUAUUCCGGGAACACAGACUGGAUCAGGAAGCUUCCAAAUACCACCUCAUUAAACACAGAUAUAAAAAUGAUUUGUUUUUCGAAGUCACAGCAAUAACAGAGUUAUUUUUUUUGUUAAUGCAGUAAUAAUUUACAGAACAGCUGUGGGUACAGACCUUUUUCAUUAGACACUUCAGCCAAUAGGUCUAUAACCAGAUAGCAUCCAUAUUACAGUAUCUGCAUGAUAAAACACCAUUUUCUCUAUAUCUAAUCUCUCAUCAAAAUGCUUCCUAACCUCACAGAUACCAGUCUAAUAUGCCAUCUUAUAUUAGCACAUUACACUGCAUCAUAUCCCCAGGCUUCAUUUUUUGGGAGUGAUUGUUAAAAUAUGAUAUCUGAGCUACAAGAGAUAUUUUCCACUAUGUGGAUUGUGAAAUAGAAAGAUAUUUAAUGGCAUUGCCAUGUGUGUAGGAUAUGAGUGUUGCCUAAUUCAGAGCAUGUUUUAGACAAAAAACUUCCCUUUCCCUUUUGAACUGUUGGAAACUUGUGCUGAUCUUUAUUUUUUUUCCAGCAUUUCUUAUAAAGGACACAAAGCAAUUCAGCAUUCUGUAUAGGACAUUUUGAAGUAAGAUUUGCUAAGACUAUGAGAUCCUAAUACAAAGGUCCUGACUCUAUGUACAAACAGCACAUUUUCAAACAAAUACAGAUUCUAUAAAGAACUUUUAAAAAUGUUUAUUCUUAAGUAAAACCAUUGUACAAAAAUUGAUUUGCUGUACAUAGAAUUUAAAAUACAACCUUAGAUAUUUAAAUGUGACUUUAAGCCAAUACUCCUUCUUGUAGAAUUUCACAAUGCAAAUGUUGGUUUUAAAAAUAAACUUUCUCUGUUAUAAACUAA